GGUUUUGUGAGCUACGAUUGGUCAGUUCUUCCACGGUGUGGUGCAUGGUGCUAUAAAUGCUGCUUCGCGUGCCCGCUCCCCCCCUUUCUGCUCGACCGAACAGAAAACUUUUCGAGAGAACGCUUUUUGCAUUGCCUCAGACAAAGACAAAGACAAAGGACCUACAUUCGACGGAAACUGCAGUUUGCCGUUGUGUUGGACUUCAUCUGCUGACAUAGAGAUGCCACGAAAGAAGGGUUUCCGUAUGCGACGCACACCCAGGGCUGCCCAAGCUGUUGACUGUGCAGUUGCAACAAAAGGUAGGGAAGAAGUAUCUUCACUGUCACCAGUGGAGGUACCAACAGGUGGGUUACAAAAGGUGGUCAAAGGGUCAUUUCAUCAAGGCAAUACAAGGUUUAAGUAUGCAGCAACACAGUGUAUGGCGAUUGCUUUUUGUGCCACUGCUUUACACAGUAUUAAAAAUGUCUUGUUGUGGGAUACUGCUGAUCUUGACAUGGCUGUUGUUGAAGGUGAUCAGUUGUAUGCUACUCUAAGGGAACGUCACGUAAUUAGUCACCCAUCACACUUUUUGUGUGCCACAGAAUUGCCCAAACAGGAGGUGAUUGCUGGACACAAAUUUGAGUUUUGUGUGAAGGAUGAUUAUGCUUUAGGUGAUGUCAAUGUAGUUUCUGGCUAUUAUAUUGAAAACGGGAUUCAUGUCACUUUGCAUGAUGCUUUGCACACAAUGUUUGGCAAGUACAGCACAUGCAUUCUUACAGUUUGUCAAAGUAGUUGUGCCAUCGUUUGUGAUGCUGGUCAGUAUUGUCUGGUGGAUUCGCACUCGCGUAGCUGUAAUGGCAUGGUGUGCAGUGAUGGAACCAGUGUUGUUCUGUGUUUUGGUGGUCUUGAUGCCCUUGCUAAUCACAUUAGCAAUUUGGCUGCAGGGUUUGGUGGAGCAGAGAAACUUUUUGAAAUAGCUGGUGUUGUUGUGACUGUUGUGGCUGACAGGAAACGUCACUUGGAGAUGAUGACUGGUGAUGAUGGCAAAAAGUUUAAAAUGGCUGACAUUUCUAGUACAUGUCCAUCUGAUGUUGAGGUCAUCAGUGUUGUUACCACACAGCAUGCCUUUUGUCCAAUGCUUCAAAAUGACUCCAAAGAUGUGUGCCAACUUUUGAAUAUAGAUUGUGAAGUCAAAACUGUGCCUGUCAAUUUGCGUGUUGGACCCUUGGGAGCUCCCUGUAAAAAGGAGAGCAUUGUUGCUGACGGCAACUGUUUUUUCCGUGCCAUAUCACAAGCGGUGAGUGGCACACAGAAAAAUCACAGGAGAAUUAGACUCCAUGUGGUUAAACAUAUGGAAAAGCACUGUGAAGAUUAUGAGAAGCUACUCAGGAGUGAGUACAGUUGUUUGACAGAGUAUAUUAGUGUUUCCAAAAUGAAAUAUGUCAAUAGCUGGGCAACUGAGGUGGAAAUUCAGGCUGCAGCGGAUAGUUUAGGAAUAAAUAUCUUUACUUUUUACGGUGGUCGUUGGUUGAGAUAUAGUUCAACGUCAGAAUCCAGUCGUGGGAUUUAUUUGGACAACUCGAGUGGUAAUCACUACGAGUGUGUGACAUGUGUCAAUGAGGGUCAGUUAGGAAGUUGCUUUGGCAUUUGUCAGAAUGGUACAUCUCAGGUCAGUCAGUAUGGUACCAGGUCACAUCGGCAUCAAGUAAUUUGCGCUGAUAGUGAAGUAGCAGUUGGUUUGAAUGAUGUUGUUGAAACAGGCAAAGAAAAACAUCAGUCCAUGGUUCCACGUGUAAGCCCGUCCAAAUAUCUAAAAAGGAAAAGGGCCCUGGACAACAGAUGAC